CCUCCCUCCUCCACCUCCACCACCGCUACAUUGUAUCGGUUCCCACACGAAGCACCACCAGAAAACCGGAGGAUUUAACCUGGUACGGUGAGCCACUCUGCGGGAUUAACCUGCACAGAAGGUCGCGGGAGAAGACUUGGACUUGUACGGUGGUGGGUGGCGGCUCUUUAUCUGAUUAAAACAACAACAACCACACGUCUCCACGCUGCCCUCCGGUCCCCGGUCUCCGGUCUCCGGUGGCGGAGUCCCGUGAGUCUCUGGCCUCUUGUGUUUGGAUGUCUCUGGGCUUCACAUUUCCACAAAGGUUUCCGUUUCCCCCCCGCCACAUAAAUCACUAUAUUCGUGUUUAUUUGUGUGUGUUUAUGGAGUGCACGCCGCCAUGGCCAGACCAGGGUUUGGAAUAGGAGUGGCUUAGCUAAGUGGGACAACAUGUGGUUAAAUGGAACAGGAACGAGUAGAACGUGAGGAUUCUCUAACCCUAGCCCCCGAGUCCCAACCGUCUGAGAGGGUGUCGGACCUCAUCGAGGCAAUCCUGGGCCGUUGGCACUAAAAUGUCCCUAAGUGGUGGCACUGCAGGCGGGAAAGGUGUGGACUCUAAUGCGGUGGACACUUACGAUAGCGGGGAUGAGUGGGAUAUCGGUGUUGGAAAUCUGAUUAUCGACCUUGACGCUGACUUAGAGAAGGACAAACUUGAGAUGUCUGGCACCAAAGACGGCAUGGCGGCACCACCCAGUGCAGUGGCGGCGUUGCCCGACAACAUCAGGUUUGUUAGUCCGGUGUCUGGCUCGCAAGGCAAGGAGAGCAAAUCCAAAUACAAGCGCAGCAAGAACUCUAAAGACAAUAGUAGCAAAGCUUCAGCCGGGGAUGGGGGCAAAAAGGAAACUACAGGGCGGACUCAAGGGGAGCCGACGGGCACGGCAGCGAGCGCAGGAGCCGCCGCCAACAAUUCCGCCCCUGGGAAGAACUUGGAAAAAGGGGGCAAAGCCUCCAGAGGUGUGCUGAGUGGCAAAAAGGAGAAAGAAGGGGCUAGCGGGAAAAGCAAGAAGGACAAAACAGACGGAGCCCCGGUCGUGGCGAUAGCGGCUGCCGAGAAGGAUGUCGUGUCUCAAGCCCAGGUCGCUUUGGGGAAUAGUCGUAACGCGUCCUUUGAGAACACACAAUCCACAGAGUUGGUGGAAGCCAAUCAAAUGGGGAAUAUUGCACUUGAACCUAUAGGGAUCGUACCAGCAUUGACCGCAAAAACUGAACCGGAGGAGGUGGAAAAUGGUAAUACUGAAUGCAAGACGUUAAAGAAGGUGAAAAAUGAAAAGAUGGAAUCUCCUGUCUCCACGCCAGCUCCUCCCCCCCUCCACCUCCUGGCCACAGUAGGCAACAGUGAGAUCUCCUCGCCGUGUGAGCAGAUAAUGGUGCGCACACGCUCGGUGGCCGUGAACACAUCCGACGUGGCCCUGGCUACCGAGCCCGAGUGCCUGGGGCCCUGCGAGCCCGGCACGAGUGUCAAUCUCGAAGGCAUCGUGUGGCAGGAAACCGAAGACGGCAUGCUGGUGGUCAAUGUUACUUGGAGAAACAAGACGUAUGUGGGCACCCUGUUGGACUGCACACGGCAUGACUGGGCUCCCCCCAGAUUUUGUGAAUCCCCUACAAGCGAUCUGGAGAUGAGGAAUGGCCGUGGUCGAGGUAAGCGAAUGAGACCGAAUAGCAACACCCCUAUCAAUGAGAACAGCAACUCGUCAGACAACAAGGGCACCACCAACAACAAGACGCGGGCUGCCUCUAACAGCAAAGGCCGGAGGGGCAGCCAGACGCCAUCAGAGCGCCGCACUCCACCCAACAGCAACACUGAGGACAUCAAGGCCAGUCCCUCCUCAGCUGGAAAACGUAAGACCAAACCAGCCUCGGAUAUGGAACCCAAUUCCAGCUCAGAGGACACUAAAGGCAACAAACGUAUGCGGACAAACUCCAACAGUGGGGUGGGACCAACAGGUCUCCCUAUUCCUUCGAUUAAGACGGAGCCACUUCCACCUCCCCUCGAUCGCAGCUGCCCCUCUCCAGUUCUUAUUGAUUGCCCACAUCCUAACUGCAACAAGAAGUACAAGCACAUCAAUGGUCUCAAGUACCACCAAGCCCGUGCUCACAAUGAUGAUGACAUAAAGUUGGAAUUAGAUGCAGACAGUGAAUAUGGAGAGGACUCCACUCUCCACCCUGAACCAGGGAACUGUAAUGGAGCAUCGAUCUCUCAGAAAGGAUGUUUGUCUCCGGCUCGUUCAGUUACUCCAAAAGGCAGGAACUUUGAUGCUCAAAGUCCUUCGCCAUCUCCUGGCAAGUUUGGUUCAAAGCAGAGUAAAAAGAAACUUGCUGAGACCGACCAAGAAAUGGGAGGUACCCCGACGGACGGGUGUGAGGAUGGGCCAUGCCUCACCGAUGAGGCCAGUAACGAUGGUAUGGAUGACAAGAGAGGAUCAGACAAGUCUAAAAAGGCUGGCACAAAGGCUGAUAAAAUGGCCCAGAAAAACAUGAAGUCACCACGGCCCGUUGGCCCUGGCUCGACAGCAUCCCAGCAGAUGUACCCUUUUCCUCCAGGAAACCCAAAUUCUUCCCCGGGGCUUACCCCAAUGAUACAAGGGAUUCCCAAGAGUCCCCAAAUGAAGGGCACACAGCCUAAACCCCCUGCCAUUGGAGAUCCUGCCUCAAGUAGCUCCAAAGACAAGAAAAAGAAAGACAAGAAGAAAAAGGAUGGUGGGAAGGAGGCUGACAGCCCCAAGCCGCCGGGAAAGGGAGGGAAACUGGAGGAAGGGAAGCUUCCAUACCCUGAAACGUCUGAUCCAGGAAAUAAGGGGGAAGGACUCCUCAAUGGCUCCUCAGAUCCUCACCAGAGUCGCUUGGCCAGUAUCAAGGCUGAGGCUGAUAAAAUUUACAGCUUUUCUGACAAUGCCCCUAGCCCAUCCAUUGGUGUAGCCAGUCGGAUAGAUGGCAGUGGGAUGCCACAGCCUCUCACGCCACUUCACGCGGUGAACCAGAACGGUGCCGACAACUCGUCAGUCAAAACAAAUAGCCCAGCAUAUUCAGACAUUUCAGAUGCUGGUGAGGAUGGUGAAGGAAGAACCGAUGGCGUCAAAGUCAGAACAGAGGAACAAGCUGUCAGGGAAAGUGUCAAAAAAGCGCUCUUUCCAACCCAGCCAGCACCCAGCAAAGAAUCCCCGUACUAUCCCGGCUAUGACGCUUAUUACUCACCCAAUUACGUAAACCCCAGUCCUGGUGGGCCCAAUCCAGGCACGCCAGUGGCUGAAGGUCAGGUUAAGAUCAAAAGGGAAGAGGACCAGGACCCAGUUGAGGAAAAAGUCAAGGUUGAGGUUCAUGAAGACCGCAAACCUGACAUCAUUACUCCUGGCCAGCAGCAGCAGCAGCAACAACAGCAGCAGCAGCAGCAACAACAACAACAGCAGCAGCAGCAGCAGCAACAACAGCAGCAACAGCAACAACAGCAACAACAACAACAGCAACAGCAGCAGCAGCAGCAACAACAACAGCAACAACAGCAGCAACAACAGCAGCAACAACAACAACAGCAGCAGCAGCAGCAGCAACCGUCAGUCAUCCAACAGCGAUCCAACAUGUACAUGCAACCUCUUUACUACAACCAGUAUGCUUAUGUCCCACCAUAUGCAUACCAUCCCGAUCAAGCCUACCAUAACCACUUGAUAAACACCAACCCGGCCUACCGGCAACAGUACGAAGACCGGCAGCGACAGAUGGCUGAGCAGCAUCGCGCUGAGAAGAAGUCAGACGUAGCUUUAAAAGAACGAGAAGCCUCCAUGAAGGAGGAGUGGAAACAGAAGAGCCCAAUGCCGCCAAGCCUCUCCAAAGCCCCAAGUCAGUCGGACCUCGGGAAGUCAUCGCAGCCCCCAAGCAAAUCCAGGGACUCGCCCUCUGAGUCCUCCUCCAAAUCCCUUGGAAGCAUAAAGGGCGACGAUCCAAAGUCCCAGCAAGCUGAGGGGCUAAAGAUGAAGCUGACGGAAGGGGGCCACCAUGGAAAGGAAGACUCCAAGCAAGCACUGGAGUCCAGAGGUCAGGCAGGGAUGGAACAAGCCAUGUGGUACCGACAGCAGUACCCCGAGAGCCAGAAGCCCCAAGCAGAAGACGAACACCAGCAACAACAACCUCGAUGGAAAGAUGAGAGGGACAGAGAGCGGGAACGCGAUCGUAAAUUAAAGGAUGACAGGCCCAGGCCCAAGGACAGUCAGAGUGGGCCCAAGGAGGACGGCAAAGAGGCUAGUGAUCCCAGAAUCACCUCUGAGGACCACCGGGUCAUGAGCAAAGACUCUCGUUCUAAUCCCCACAUGCAGUUCUCAUCACCACUCGCACAGCACCAAGGCUACAUGCCCUACAUGCAUGGUUACCCCUAUGGACAAGGCUAUGACCCCAACCACCCUGGAUACAGGGGCAUGCCGUCGGUCAUGAUGCAGAAUUACCCAGGUUCGUACCUUCCUGGAGGCUAUCCGUUUUCUCCAUACGGCAGUAAAAUGGCCGGAGGCGAAGAAGGCGGGGACAAAUCUCGCGCCAGCCCCACGGUCACCAAAACGGCAGCGGACUCCAAAGCCCUGGAUAUCCUGCAUCAGCACGCCAGCCAGUACAAGAGCAAAUCCCCCACAGUAGGCGACAAGCCACCCCACGAGAGGGAGAGGGAGCAGGACAGAGGAGCCGGGGGAGACAGAGAUCGGGAAAGGGAGCGCGAGAGGGAGAGAGAAAGGGACGUGGACCGACCACGCUCCUCGCCCUCGCAGCGCAUCAUGCCCUCUCACCACCACCUGGGAUACCCCCUGCUCUCAGGCCAAUACGACCUGUCCUACGCCACAGGUCUGUCCUCGUCAGCUAUUGUUGCCAGCCAACAAGCAGCAACCCCCUCCCUCUACCCGCCACCACGGAGGUGAGAACGGGAAACCUGACCGCCACACCUCAACCCUGCAAAGAUUCAUGUGACUGGCUCACAUGAGAAGAACAAAUCUCCCGGGUGUUACCUUUUAGACAUCAGUUGAAUGGUGUUUCUAUCUAUAUUUUUAGUUCUGCUGCCCCGAGGCGAAGCAGAUUGUCCUAUUUUUUUUUUUUUUUGUCCUCCCCUCGUAAAUGACCCCAGCGUUUCCAAACCUUGGACUAUAAACGGACCGAUAAUAACCCAGGUUCAAAGCCAUCACUCUGCCGCAGCACGCAGAGGAAACACCAACCCGCUGAUUAUCUAGUCUUUGCACUGUCAACAAAUACAAUGCAAAAAGAGACUAAUGGACUGCCGAAACAGCUUUUUUUGUUGUUGUUUUUUUUUUUUUUUGUUUCUUUCUUUGACUGCAUUGUUUUUUUGUCACACGCAGAAGGAAAUAAAUUGGCAGGGGGACUUUGAUGAGUCGGGUGGCUGACGGGAAAGGGGAGUCAAACUAAAUUAAAAAGACUGAAAAGAAGAAGAGAAUCAUUUUGAAAUGAUUUCUCCUCGACGUCUUUGGCUUAUCGUAUGCCGUGAAACAACAGUAUAUCCUUAACUUGACAAAUGUUUGGCUAUAUUUUGUGGGGGAGAGGGAAUAUGGCGACAGCUGCUUUCUUCAGAGACUUGAGAGCCUGAGACUGAAGUUCUUCAUUUUUCCACCAUCAUUGUCAAUUCCCAUCCUCUUUGAACCCCUCAGUUCUUGUUUCAGGGAUGAUGUCGUCAUGUUUUUUUUUUUGGUUUUUUUGCGAAGGGACCGCACACACCUCAAUGGAGAAUAAACACUAUUCAUGUUUUCUUCUUUUCUCGGUAGUCCUUCACUUCUGCUCCAUAUCGUUGUGCUCAUCCUUGAAUGUGUCUGAUGCUUGUUUUUUUUUUUUUUUAACCUCACAAUGAAAGGGUCACAUCUGUCGUCACACUCAAAACGGUGAAGCCACAGCAGCAAGCGAUGAAUUCACCAGGCGAUGUCGUCACUGCAUUUGGCCGCUUGUUGGGCUUUUGGUUUUUUUCUUACCUGAAAGAUUGUGCUUCAUUCAGCUUCUCACUUUUCAAACAAUGUGAAAUGUCAUUCAACUCUGCUGUAAUAUAGACUUUUAGCCUACUUUUCUGUGCAUAAAUGUUUAUAUUUAUCCCAGCAAGCCACUUUUUCAAAUCUGUCCCUGUUUAAAAAGCUUCGGCCCUCGCAGUGUUUAACAAUAUGUGCUCAGAUCAUUUGUUUCCUGGACGUCUGGCUGUGCUUCUUCUUUGCUUGUCUUGCUGCACUUUUGUUGGUUUUGUUUCAUUCACUUGGCUUCUGCAACACAUUCAACGCAUCACAAGUUUGCUCCACGCCUCACAACCAUCCCAACAUGUAGAAUGCAAUUGUCAUUUUUCAGUGAUUCAAUGGUGACUCAAACUGACAGAUUUAGUUUUAAAAAUAUGUCAACAGGGCAAAGAUUUCUCUUGGUGCUUCACUUGCUCAUGUGGCUUCACCAUAACAAACGUUCACCCAGGACGGUUAGCAUGGGUUUCCAACCAGCGGCUAGCUUUAGAGCCAACUGGGCCGAUGAGUCUGGUACCUCAGACGAACAUCUUUCUCUGUUCAGUUGCUGCCUGUGCUUUCAGAUCAACAUACCGGCACAUGAAGCAUGACAUGACCCCAAUGUUGAAUGAAAAUGAAAUGUUACACGAACCAAUGCGAUGCAGACUAUGAACCUUAAGGACCAGUGUGUAGAGAUUUAGUGGCAUCUAGUGGUGAGGUGGCAGAUUGCAACCAACUUAAUAACCCCUCCCUCUCCAAGCAUGUGGAAGAACCGACGGUGGCCUUCAGGUGCAUUCAUAGCAUUAAAAAAAAAGAGGCCCUCUCUAAAGCCAGUGUUUGGUUUGCUCCUUCUGGGCUACUGUAGAAACAUGUAUGUAUAUAUGCAGGGCUCAUGCUAAGCUAACAAAAACACAAUGACUCUUAGUUGCAGGUGUUUAUACACUAAUAAAAACAUCUUAAUGAGUAUUAUAUACCAUUUCUGCUAAGAUCAGCCCUAAAUCAUACGCACUGGUCCUUUAAAGAAGAAGGAGGGUGAGCCAGUGAAAAGCUACACCACGGUUCAAACAAGUGAAACGUGACCUUGAUCCCGCACACGUGACAGAAGGAAGAAAGGCUCAGAGUUCAGCUGAGAAGAAGCACGUUGCUCUGGGGCUUUUCUUUGGAUCUCUAACUGGUGGUCUGUAAAUUCUCUUUAAAACUACAGGAAAAAAAACAAGUCACAUGACCUGUUCUACCAGAGGACCCUCUUGGUUUUAAAUUACAGUCCUGUUGUAUCUCAGGGGUUGUAAGUGAAAUUCUAUCCAGAUCCGAUUUGCAUUGAUUCAAGAGGGCUUCUGUUUAUGGGUGUGAAGAAAAAGAAAAAGCACAUUUCCUGCUCUUGAGCUGGAAAUAUGCUUCUGUUGUGGUUUCAUUCAUAAAUGACAAAUUGGCUCAGCACGGGGACUUGUUAAAGGUUUAACGCCACACUGUUGUGGGUUGUGUGAACAGUCUUUACGUUUCCUCUGACGCAUCGUAAUGAGAGCAGAAUAUUGACCGUGGUGUCAUUAAAUUAAACUUUAUUGAUUUUGGUUUUUACACUUUGAAUGAUCCCAUUGUUGUAGUUUUUUUUUUUUUUUUCCUCAUUAAAUACUGUUUGUGAUCAAGACCAUAAACCACCAGUUGACCUAAUGUUUAACACCCUCUGAAGUUGGAUGUUAGCUGUUCUUUUGAGACUCGGCACUCAUUUUUUAUGAAACUGCUGCAGUUCAUUACGAGGUUCUCGGACAUUCCCAGUAAAUAAGUCGCAGUUUUCACGUCCCACGAAAGUUUGCAAGGAUGGUUUAUCUUUUGACUUUUGACUUUUUUUUUUGCGCAAUUUAAGGAAGAAUGGCUGACAUGAAAACGCUGAAUGUGGUGGUGUUUGACUUGUACUUAAUCUGUGAGGGUGAUCUAGGCAGCUGUGAUGUUGUCAUUAAAGUCAGUGGGUUUUAGUACCAGCAGACUGCAUACAGUACAUAUAGUUUUAUCAGACAAUGGUUGUGACAAGUGCAUUUGUUCUCUCUCUCUCUCUCUCUCUCUCUCUCUCUCUCUCUCUCUCUCUCUCUCUCUCUCUCUCUCUCUCUCUCUCUCUCUCUCUGACUGAGAGUAGUAAUGUUAUCUCAGUAGUAAAGCAAAGCCCAGUGAAAAUCAUAUAUACUGAAGUGUAUGAAAAGCCAGAAAAGUAAUGUUUGCUAUCAACAUAUUGGAAAGUGCUUGGCUCUUGUAUUUUGCAGGACUGUAUUUGUUUCAUGGUGAAGAGUAUAUUUAUUGGCCAGCAGUUGUCUCAAUUGGUGCCUAGUUGAACAUUCUUCUGUGAAAAACGCAGAGACACUUGCUCGUUUGUCCUUUUUCCCCCUCGAC